AUGAAUGCACUGUGUAGGUGCCGGGUCCAUGGCGUUACAGGGAGAGGAUCUUCAACAGUGUCUAUGACUUGCGACCCUUGUUUAAGGGGGCCCUAUCUAACGGGCGUUAAUCGCUCACAUCCACCGUCCAAGCUGCUCACUCUACUAAACCAAUUUUGUAAAUAUACAGGGUCGGUGUGUGCGGUCCGCUCGCUCAAGUCAGUGUCGUGGGUGAUGCGAGCGAGGCCCAACAGCGGCGUAUUAACGUUCGUGGAGGCUCGCGAUCAAGACGGAGUCAUUGGACGGUUUGGUAACAGAGUGAAACAGACCAGGGAGAACUAUCAGCUUAAGAGUUAUUUCGUUAAGAUGGAAGAACUGUUAAGUGUAAAAACGAUAGAAGACAUAUUGGCUUCGGAUUCCGACUCCGAAUUAACGUUAAGUGACUAUCUAGAAGAACAUGUCAGUGACAACGAUGAAUUAAGCGAUCUGGAGCAGUCAUCAACACACGAUUCAGAAAGCGGUGAAGAACUAAGUCCCGAUAUUGAAGAAUGA